UCUGGGCCGGCCCGGCGCUCCUUCUGCUUCCGCGCCCAGGCCCCGCAGGCCGAGCUCCUCCCCCGGCUCGGCCUCUGUCCCCUCCCCUGCCCUCUCUCCUCCUCCUCCUCCUCUUCCUCAGUGAGGCGCUCCUCCAGCAGCCAGGCAGCAUGGCGGCUGUGGAGACGCGGGUGUGCGAGACGGACGGCUGCAGCAGCGAGGCCAAGCUCCAGUGUCCCACCUGCAUCAAGCUGGGCAUCCAAGGCUCGUACUUCUGCUCCCAGGAAUGUUUUAAAGGAAGUUGGGCAACUCACAAGUUACUGCAUAAGAAAGCAAAAGAUGAAAAGGCCAAGCGAGAAGUGUCUUCCUGGACUCUAGAAGGUGAUAUUAACACUGAUCCAUGGGCAGGCUAUCGAUAUACUGGUAAACUCAGACCACAUUAUCCACUGAUGCCAACAAGGCCAGUGCCAAGUUAUAUUCAAAGACCAGAUUAUGCUGAUCACCCAUUAGGAAUGUCUGAAUCUGAACAGGCUCUUAAAGGUACUUCUCAAAUUAAAUUACUCUCAUCUGAAGACAUAGAAGGGAUGCGACUUGUAUGUAGGCUUGCUAGGGAAGUAUUGGACAUUGCUGCUGGCAUGAUUAAACCUGGUGUAACUACUGAAGAAAUAGAUCAUGCUGUACACUUAGCAUGUAUUGCAAGAAAUUGUUAUCCCUCUCCCCUGAAUUAUUAUAAUUUCCCAAAGUCUUGUUGUACUUCAGUGAAUGAAGUGAUAUGCCACGGGAUUCCAGACAGACGGCCCUUGCAAGAAGGUGAUAUUGUUAACGUGGACAUCACUCUUUAUCGCAAUGGCUACCAUGGGGACUUGAAUGAGACGUUUUUUGUCGGAGAUGUGGACGAGGGAGCACGGAAACUGGUUCAGACCACGUAUGAGUGCCUGAUGCAAGCCAUUGACGCAGUGAAACCUGGUGUUCGAUACAGAGAAUUGGGAAACAUUAUUCAGAAGCAUGCCCAAGCAAAUGGGUUUUCAGUUGUUCGAAGCUAUUGUGGGCAUGGAAUCCACAAGCUUUUUCAUACAGCCCCUAAUGUACCCCAUUAUGCCAAAAAUAAAGCAGUUGGAGUGAUGAAGGCUGGCCAUGUAUUUACAAUUGAGCCAAUGAUUUGUGAAGGUGGAUGGCAGGAUGAAACCUGGCCAGACGGUUGGACCGCCGUGACGAGAGACGGAAAGCGGUCUGCUCAGUUUGAGCACACCCUGCUGGUCACGGACACUGGCUGUGAAAUCCUGACCCGGCGACUUGAUAGCACGCGGCCUCACUUCAUGUCCCAAUUUUAAUUUCUCCCGAGAUGGCACAUCUCAGUAAUACCUUCUGGCUGUACUAUGCAUUUUAUUGAGAGUACAGAAUGGAAGAGGAGAUUUUUAUUACGUGUUUUGUUUUGACUAUAGAUAAGGAAGACUACAGCAUUGGAUGUGUGUCCUCAAGAACUUGACUUGGGUCUGAAAAAGCUGAGAAGAAUAAAAGAAACAUUCUCAACUCUUUUCAGUAUUUCCCUCUCCCUCCAGAAAUCUCUGCACCCCUGUUUUCUCACUUGGCCUUUGAGCACUUUUUACGUAAACCUGCUUCUAGUUGCUUUUAUCACUGCCACAACUGGGCCAGCAAGAGCCAGCUGCUCUUCAGGUGAAUGUGGAAGAUGAGAAUCCUUGAAACUUUAGCAACAUAUGUUGUUCCAGAUUUUUUUUAUUAUAUAUGUAUGGAAAUAUAUAUGUAUACAUUUUAAAUUCCAUGUAUGUAAUUCCUGAACACUAUAUGACCUGGGUUUGUGUUAAUUCUGCCCUGACAGUGCUAUAUGCUGUCAUAAAUGGACCCAUUGUUUGCAGUGAUUUAUUUCCCAGUUGGGAAUUUGGCCUCCCUCCUUCCCCAUGCUACUUAUUUACCCUUGUAAUUGUGUGUAAGGAAGCACUCGGUCAGUGAGACUUCCUCUCCAGUGUGGACUCUGUCAGUGAAUGGUUGUGGCAAAAUUCACUUUGGAAAAGGGUUGUCACGUUUUAAAAACAUCUAGUUUCUGGCAAAAAUAGCCAUGCUUCAUAUGAUAGCUGGCUGUUUCAGAGCAUGAGCGUUUUGUGAUACAUUUCUCUUUCAGACCUCUUUCUGGUCGAAAUGGGAGGGAAAAAGCUCCCUUUCUUCCCCUCUAUUUUAUUUCAAGGGCAAACCUUGGAGAUAUUCAGAGAAGGGUGAAUGGUUGCACUGUGGAGGUUGAUGGGAAGAGACAGUUCUGAAAUCUUUUUGGCAGUGAGCAGAGUAAGUCAGGUGGGCUGUUAGCUUCUGACAUUUAGUAAACCUGGUAGUGAUGAGAAAGGAACUUCUUUGAAGAUUGUACUGUUCCCUUGCAGUAGAGAUGCAGCUAUCCGUGGUGUGUUGAAAA